AUGGCAUUCGACACCAAACAACUCUACGAUCAUGCAACAAAAGGUCCUUCCGAAGAUGAGGUGGUACCUUCCACGCAUCCGAUUACCCCGAAACGGCCACUACUCUACAACAUAUACGCAUAUAUCUGCAUCCUACUCUUAUUAGUCAACUAUUUUCUCGCCCAGUACGACAAGUUCAUAUUGUCAUAUUUCCAGACUUCUGUACUAGCUGAUCUUUCACUGAGCUCCACACAAUAUGGGCUCCUCUCCGGAUAUGCAACAGGGAUUGUCUACGCCAUCCUCGCUCUACCUAUCGCUUUCCUCUCCGACUACACGUCGGCUCGUGUAUGGGUCUUAUGUGUCACGGCAGCAUGGUGGAGCUUAUGUGUAAUUUUUCAGUCUCUAGCGAACAAUUUUGGUCAGUUGUUUUGCGCCAGACUUGGAAUGGGUAUAGGGCAGGCGAGCGUUGAGGCAAUAUCUAUCAGUCUCAUCAGCGACUUGGUGGGAUGGAGAAACGUAUUCAUCGGAGAGAGCAUACUCUAUGUGGGGGUAUACAUUGGCGAAGCCAUCAGCGGUCAAAUCGCCACUGCCUUUACAGAGACUGGUACAAGCUGGCGCAUUGCCUUGCGAGCGAUUGGUAUCACGGGAUGUGUCGUGGCAGUACUGUUACGAAUCUUUCUGAGGGAACCAAAGAGAAGAGCAAGCCUGGUGCAAAUGAGCAGAGAAGAUCAUAACAACAACAUGAGCAUGGGGUUCGCAGAUGUACCAACCCACUCUCGAAGCACUUCAAGACUGCAGGCCGCCAAGUCUGAUCUGGUUGCUACCUUCACAUACAUCCUGCAUAUGAACUCAUUCUGGCUUCUUGUCCUCUCAGCUGGUUUCCGUCAAUUGAGCGGCAAUGUCUUCGGAUAUUACAUGCCCAGCUAUCUCGGCGAUACAUACCCUUCACACACUGAGAUCUUCUCCCGCUAUGGCAUCAUCGUCGGUGUCGUAGGAUCAGUCGCAGUGCUAAGUGGUGGCAUCCUCACGUCAGUGCUAUGGCCACGUACCCAGUUAAUACCAGUUUACCUGACUGGCAUCGGAGGCAUGAUAAGCGCGCUUUUCGUCCUCCUCAUGAUCUUCUCGCGCGAGAUCGCUGACGGCUCAGAAGACCGAGGCAUUAAAAUUCUGUACGGUGUAAUGAGUCUUGCAUAUCUCAGUGCAGAACUAUGGCUAGGCUGCCUCUUUGCGCUCAUUGCGUUGCUUCUUCCACCGCGCUACAAGACGUUUGGUCUUGCCAUUUGGGGCAGCGUACAAGUACUCAUCUAUUCGUCAGGUCCACAAAUCAUCGGUCUAGCAUUGAUGAACGAGGAAACAGCAAGUGAGAGCUACAGAAAGGCUACGCAAUUGUGCUUGGGAAUCAUUAUCCCUGUUGGAUAUUGGCUUGCCGGUGUCGGAUUCUUACUCUCCGUACCAUUGGUAAGGAAAGACUUGAGAGAAGAAUUUGUAUCGGGGAGGUUGAGUAGAAGAAGGAAGAUUGGAUCAGCCAUAUUUGGUGGAGUAUUGGCAGUUGUAGUCAUAACAUUGUUUGUUGUGAGUUUGGUGUACCAGGCGUGA